UCCCCGGUUCAUUUAGUCUGCUAAGAUGUCUUUAAAGUUAUACUUCGACUUGCUAUCGCAACCAAGCAGAGCACUAUAUAUUCUUUUAAAAUCAUCAAAAAUACCGUUUGAGGAGUGCCCUAUCGCAUUAAGAAAAGGAGCUCAACUCACUGAUGAAUACAAAAACAAUGUGAGUCGUUUCCAAAAGGUCCCUGUGGUACAUGAUGGGGAUUUCAAAAUGACUGAAAGUGUCGCUAUUUUGAGGUACUUGGCAAGAGAGAAGAGUUUACCAGAUUAUUGGUAUCCAAAAGAUAGUAAACGUCAGGUUAGGGUUGAUGAGUUUUUGGAGUGGCAGCAUAACAACGUUCGAGCAACCUGCGCCAAGUAUUUCAUGAAAAAAUGGAUAUUUCCUUUGGUGACUGGACAAGAAUUGGAACCUGAGAAAUUAGCUGAGUACAAACAGAGUAUGGAGGAUUGCUUAGAUUCUAUGGAAACUUUGUGGUUGGCCAAUGGAAAUUAUAUUUGCGGAGAUAAAUUGACCGCCGCCGAUUUGUGGGCUGCUUGCGAGGUGGAGCAGCCUCGAGUCACAGGUUACGAUCCUAUUGUGGGCAGACCGAUAUUGGGGGCUUGGCUGGAUCGUAUCAGGACUGAGGUCGAUCCUCACUACGGCGAAGCUCAUGCCAUUUUGAACAAGAUUGCAAUGAAAAGCCAGAAAGCCUAAUUGUAUAUUUAAUUUAUAAUCAAUAUAUUUCAUAUUAGUUUUA